CAGCGUAAAGGGAUCGCUUGCCGGCCUGCUGCUGCGAGUAACUCGGCACCUGCAGAGUGCCAGGGUCAACGGAAAAAACGCCGUCCUGUGGUGGCAGCAUUCAGUCUACUAACUUCGACACUUCGUUGCCCCGCUGCUUUCACCAGCCGUCCACCCAUCAAUUCGGCCACGCGCGGGCGGUCGAGGUGCGUAGCAAAAACGCCCGCACGAUCAAUGUCGCCGCGUAGGCACGGUGAGGCAGGUGAGCCCAUCGCGUCUCGUAACCCCCCGGGAAGCGAGCGAGACACGGCCUCGCGGGUACAAAAAUGCUGCGACGAAACAGGAUCGGUAACGCAUACGCAGGCGCCAGCAGUGCCAGCCGCGGCACUGUGCCGACCGACCGAGCCGAUCGAGCCGGCAGCGCUAGGCGAUGGCCACCCUCCCGGCCGCGCUCCGGUGCCUCCUCCUGGCGCUGGCGGUCUCCCUGCUGCCGUGCCUCGCCGCCGCGGGGUGCGACUGCUCGGAGGACGCGACGGGGCGGGACAAGGCGCGGGCGCUGCGGCUCAAGGUUGUGGCCAUCUUCUGCAUCCUCGCGGGAGGCGCCGCCGGGGCCGCGGCGCCCGCGCUGGGCCGCCGGGUCCCCGCGCUGCGACCGGGCACGGGCCUGUUCCGCGCCGUCAAGGCCUUCGCGGGCGGCGUCAUCCUCGCCACGGGGCUCGUCCACAUCCUGCCCGCGGCCUUCGACGCGCUGGGCUCGCCGUGUCUCGCGACGACCGGCCCGUGGGGGAGGUUCCCGUUCGCCGGGAUGGUCGCCAUGCUCGCCGCGAUCGCCACGCUCGUCGUGGACACCGUCGCCACGGGGUACUUCCGCCGGACGGUCGCCAGGAAAGCCGCGGCCGUCGUCGACGAGCCCCCCGCGGAGCCCGGGCGCUGCGGGGACGGGGACCUGGAGCAAGCCGCCGACGGGCACCACGGGCACGCGCACGGGAUGUCCGUGCUGGCACCCGCGCCUGCCACCGCCGGUGACGACCUCGUGCGCCACCGCGUCAUCUCUCAGGUGCUGGAGCUGGGCGUGGUGGUGCACUCGCUGAUCAUCGGGAUGUCGCUGGGUGCCUCGGAUUUCCCCAGCACGGUGCGGCCGCUCGUCCCGGCGCUGACGUUCCACCAGCUCUUCGAGGGGAUCGGCCUCGGCGGGUGCAUUGUCCAGGCCAAGUUUCGCCUCAAAUCGGUGGUAGCGAUGGCGCUCUUCUUCUCGGUGACGACCCCGGUCGGCGUGGCCUUCGGCAUCGCGAUAUCGUCCGUGUACGACGAGACCAGCCCGACGGCGCUGGUGGUGCAGGGGCUCCUCGAGGCCGCGGCGGCCGGGAUCCUGGUGUACAUGGCGCUGGUGGACAUCCUCGCCGAGGAGUUCAUGAGCGCCAGGGUGCAGAGCAGGGCGCGGCUGCAGCUCGCGCUGAACGCCUCGCUGCUGCUCGGGGCCGGCUUGAUGUCGAUGCUAGCCAUCUGGGCCUGAUCGACCGCCAUGAAAUGAGCACACGAAGCCGCAGGCGUAUUUGUUGUUCCAUGAAAUGAGUACGAAGGGAGAGUAGUAGAUAGCGUUUGUUAGGCUGAUGAGGUUGCAACGAUGUAAGGUUGAACUGAAUUUGUGAACGGAGAUGUAUGAAAGGGGACGUCAGGACGUGAUGCACAGGUUAAGAGUUAGGAGUCAGCCUCA